AUGGCGAGAGGGACGCAAAACAUAACGUUUGAUACACAUAUAAAAGGCAUCAUGAGUUCGGGUGGAACACGUGUGUAUGUCGGUGGACUCGUUGAGGGCAUAAAAAAAGAGGACCUGGAAAGAGAAUUUGACAAAUACGGCAAAUUGAACUCCGUUUGGGUAGCACUCAAUCCCCCCGGAUUUGCGUUCAUAGAAUUUGAAAACAUGCAGGAGGCAGAGGAUGCGUGUUCCGCGAUGAAUGGCUUCGAAAUGUUAGGCGCGACACUUAAAGUAGAAUUAUCAAGAAAGCGCGACGGCCCACGUCGGGGUGGCGGUAACUUCAGAGGCGGUCGAGGUGGUAAUUUCAGGGGCCGCACGUUCGGUGGCCCACCUGGAGGAAUUAGAGUUCCUUGGAAUUUC